AACAACCCUUAAUAAGAUUUUUCAAUUUUGUAGAUGACAUCUGAAAAGCGGUAUGCAGUGGUAGGCUUCAAUGAUCGUAGUGUGGGUAUCAUCUCCACAACCUGGAUUGAAAAAUCUGAUGAUGAAAAAAUAUUGUGCUGGUGGCCACAGAGCAGGCAUACAGUUAGUGCCCAAAAGCACGAAAAGCCAGACACGACAAAUUGGCGAGUGCAUGUCGUAUCAACAAUCCUAUCAACAACUGAUGAUUUUGACGUUGCAAAACGAAGAUGCUUAGCUGCGGAAGACACUUCAAAUGUCGAAACUGAAGACGAUAUGGGCUAUCCUCGACAACGAAAAAGGAAACCAUGCUUCAAAUAUGAAGAAGAGAAUUCCAGAAUAACAAACGCGGCAACCAGUACUGAUAUUAACGAUAACAUCUCCUAUUUACUGGCAAUUAGGAAUACAGAAAUGCAAGCACAUCUCCGAUGCACAAAGAAGAAAAUCAUUAAUAAGAAAGGUUUCCAAAGUUGGUAUUCAGCUGAUGACACCUGGAGGGUUUCAAACUCUAUGGUUGACCAGUCCAGCAAAGAGAACGCCUGGUCGGGGACUGGGCCGCGAGGACGCAAAGCCCUGAAACCGUCCCAAG